ACCCACCAGAGACGCUUCCUUCCUCACUCCUCCUGUCGCCGCCGCCGUGCCACCGGCGCCAUCCACCGUCACACUCAAAAAAACACCACUCAGUUCUAUCUCCCUUCAUAUUUCUCAGCAAACACUCACUCACGCACAUGAUCAAUUCUCUCCCUGUUUUGUUUUCGUUAACGGUUACACAAUUAGCCGGCGAACUCAGAUUUUCGUCUCUGUGUUCGCCUCUGUGGUGAAUUAUACUCUUUGGUUAGGAAAUCUACGUUAAUUUUCCACGAAACAGUAACAGAAUCAAGAAAUUGCUUGAAGCAGACUCAACUGCUUCAUACACUCUCCCUCUUGUUGACGAGCUUCGUGGAAUACAAACUUACGCAUUACUCUUAGUGAUGUAUACACAGUCUAAAAUGUUAAUUUUGCAGAGUGGUGAUUAAGAGGGAAAUGAAGGAUGUUUUCUUGGGUGGGGAAGUUAGCAUCAGCAUUCUGGUUACCUUUAAGUCUAUAUGCCCGUACGAACAAGGAUGAUAGCUUGGGUGAUGAUGAGAAUGAUCCUCUGUUAUGGUCUAAAGAGCUUGAAAAACACGCAUUCGGUGAAUUCUCAUUCGCAGUUGUUCAAGCCAAUGAGGUUUUAGAAGAUCAAAGUCAGGUAGAGAUAGGUCAAAACGCCACCUUCAUUGGCGUCUACGAUGGCCAUGGUGGCCCAGAAGCUUCACGCUACAUCUGUGAUCACCUUUUCCCUCAUCUCAUCCGUCUUACACAAGAAAACGGAUUAAAUUUAACAUCGUCAAAAAGCCUUAAAGACGCUGUUUCUGCUACUGAAGAGGGGUUUCUCUCUCUGGUGAGAAGAACAUGUGGGAUAAAGCCAUUAAUGGCUGCUGUUGGAUCUUGUUGUUUAGCUGGGAUUAUAUCUCAAGGCACAUUGUACGUUGCUAACAUGGGCGAUUCUAGAGCUGUGAUCGGCCGUUUAAAUAAACGCAAAUCAAAUAAAAUUAUAGCUGAACAAAUCACUGAAGAUCAUAACGCUUCCAUGGAUGAAAUCAGACAAGAACUUAAAUCUGAUCAUCCAGACGACCCUCAUAUCGUCGUUAUGAAACAAGGCGUCUGGCGUAUCAAAGGCAUCAUUCAGGUUUCGAGAACGAUAGGUGACGCGUAUUUGAAAAAACCCGAAUUUGCCCUCGACCCAUCGUUCCCGCGGUUCCAUCUUCGCGAACCGAUCCGGCGACCCGUUUUGAGAAGCGGGCCGUCGAUGCAUACCCGAGAGUUAAAACCGGAGGACAAGUUUGUUGUGUUUGCAUCGGAUGGAUUAUGGGAACACAUGACAAAUCAACAAGUUGUGGAGAUUGUUCAUAAUAAUCCUCGACAAGGUAUUGCGAGAAGGCUAGUGAAGUCAGCAAUGGUGGAAGCUGGUCGGAAAGCAGGGAAGAAGAGGUACGAUGAAGUGAAGAAGAUGGAGAAAGGGAGUAGACGUGCGAUUCAUGAUGAUAUAACGGUGGUGGUUGUUUUUAUCGAUCAACAAAAGAUGAAUAUGGGAAUCGAUGAGUUAUCGAUGCGUGGGUUUAAUGACUCGACUUCACCUUCUGGUUUUAGGGCUUUGGGAUGAAAAAGAUACUCGGUUUUGUGUACUUUUAAUCUUUUUUUUUUUUUGGCAGAUGUUAACUCUAUUGUUUUUGCAUGAAUAAUAAUAAUAAUAAUAAUAAUACUAAAAUCCCA